CGUCGGCGUGGUGCGCGGUCGGGAGCGUGCUGCUGGGCGGCCGAGCGCGCGUGCGCGGACAUGGCUUCCAACGACUAUACCCAACAAGCAACCCAAAGCUACGGGGCCUACCCCACCCAGCCCGGGCAGGGCUACUCCCAGCAGAGCAGUCAACCCUAUGGCCAGCAGAGCUAUGGCGGCUAUGGGCAGUCCACGGACACUUCCGGCUAUGGCCAGAGCAGCUAUGGCUCCUCCUACGGACAGACACAUAACACAGGCUAUGGCACUCAAUCAGCUCCCCAGGGUUAUGGCUCGACUGGCGGCUAUGGUAGCAGCCAGAGUUCCCAGUCAUCUUACGGGCAACAGUCCUCCUACCCUGGCUAUGGACAGCAGCCGGCUCCCAGCAGCACCUCAGGAAGUUACGGCAGCAGUUCUCAGAGCAGCAGCUACGGGCAGCCCCAGAGCGGGGGCUAUGGCCAGCAGUCUGGCUAUGGCGGACAGCAGCAAAGCUAUGGGCAGCAGCAGAGCUCCUAUAACCCCCCUCAGGGCUACGGGCAGCAGAACCAGUACAACAGCAGCAGCGGAGGUGGCGGAGGGGGUGGCGGAGGCGUGCUUUUCCCCCUCUUGACAGGGAGCUAUGGCCAAGACCAGUCCUCUAUGAGUGGUGGCGGCGGCGGUUACAGCAGUCAGGACCAGAGCGGUGGCGGUGGCUACGGGGGAGGCCAGCAGGACCGAGGGAGCCGCGGCAGGGGCGGCGGCGGCGGCGGUUACAACCGUAGCAGUGGCGGCUAUGAACCCAGAGGCCGAGGCGGUGGCCGUGGAGGCAGAGGCGGCAUGGGCGGAAGUGACCGUGGUGGCUUCAAUAAAUUUGGUGGCCCUCGGGACCAGGGAUCACGUCAUGACUCGGAGCAGGAUAAUUCCGACAACAACACCAUCUUCGUGCAAGGCCUGGGCGAGAAUGUCACCAUCGAGUCUGUGGCGGAUUACUUCAAGCAGAUUGGUAUCAUCAAGACAAACAAGAAAACGGGACAGCCCAUGAUUAAUUUGUAUACAGACAGGGAAACUGGCAAGCUGAAGGGAGAGGCGACGGUCUCAUUUGAUGACCCACCUUCUGCUAAAGCAGCUAUCGACUGGUUUGAUGGCAAAGAAUUCUCUGGGAAUCCCAUCAAGGUUUCAUUUGCUACACGCCGAGCAGACUUUAAUCGGGGUGGUGGCAAUGGUCGUGGAGGCAGAGGGCGAGGAGGUCCCAUGGGCCGCGGAGGCUACGGUGGCGGUGGCAGUGGUGGUGGUGGCCGAGGAGGAUUCCCCAGUGGAGGUGGUGGUGGAGGAGGACAGCAACGAGCUGGGGACUGGAAGUGUCCUAAUCCUACCUGUGAGAACAUGAACUUCUCUUGGAGAAAUGAAUGUAACCAGUGUAAGGCCCCUAAACCAGAUGGCCCAGGAGGGGGACCAGGAGGUUCGCACAUGGGGGGUAACUAUGGAGAUGAUCGACGUGGUGGCAGAGGAGGCUAUGAUCGGGGCGGCUACCGGGGCCGUGGCGGGGACCGUGGGGGCUUCCGAGGGGGCCGGGGUGGUGGGGACAGAGGCGGCUUUGGCCCUGGCAAGAUGGACUCCAGGGGUGAGCACAGACAGGAUCGCAGGGAGAGGCCGUACUAGUCGUACUAGUACUAGUCGUACUAGUCGGACUCCAAGGUUCUGGAGUGGCUUUUCUUCUGUACCCAGUGUUACCCUCGUUACUUUGUAACCUUCCAACUGCUGGAUCACCCAUGGAUUUUUGUGUUGGACUCUGUAAUUGUAACCAUACCUCUGGUUCCCAUUAAAAACCAUCAUUUUAGUUAAA